AUGGCCAAAGCAGACGCGCACUCCGUUCUAGCCGACUUGGAGCACGCUCUUCCCGCUACGAAGCGCGCACCGUCCGAAGAACCAAGCACGGCCUCCGAUCCCAAAACAAUCAAGCUCGCUCAUGAGGGGAUGCCAGACGCGGCAGCUCACCCCCCAGCACACGAGAAGAUUGAAUUUCGAGCCGUCAAUAAUAAUGGCAGCCGAAAGCACAUGAUCAUCUUGACGGGUCUCAAAUGCCACUUGCAGGAGCAGCUGCCGGGAUUGCCUAUGUAUCAAAUCGCACGUCUCGUCUACGACCGCACCCAUCUCUCCAUGGCCAUCGUCAAACACCCUCUCGAAGUUAUUGGCGGGAUACCAUUUCGAGAAUUUCGAGGCCGCAAGUUCGCUGAAAUUGUCUUCUGCGCCGUGUCCUUCAACCAGCAAGCGCACCUAAAGGAUUAUGUCAAGGCCACUUCUCCGCUAAUGCACUUCCUGACCUACGCCGAUAACUAUGCUACUGGGUAUUUUCAAAAACAAGGCUUCACCAAGGAUAUGACUCUCGACAAAUCUAUCUGGAUGGGGUAUAUCAAGGAUUACGAAGGAGGUACACUCAUGCAAUGCUCGAUGUUCCCCCGGAUCUGCUACCUCGAAGUCGGUCGUAUGCUGCUCAAGCAGAAGGAGGCGGUACAAGCCAAGAUCCGGACCCUGAGCAAGAGCCACAUCAUCCACCAACCGCCUCAGCAAUGGGCCGCCGCCAGCGGGACCCUAGCACGGGCGCAGCCACGCCACGGGCCUCACUUCAACGAACCCCGACGCUUCCUGUAUCAGAUCCAGAACCACAAACAGGCGUGGCCCUCCCCCAACCCGGCCAACAAGGACGAAGUCCCUGAUUACUACAACGUCAUUGCGUCACCGAUGGAUCUGUCGACCAUUGAGGAGCGGCUCGAGGCUGAUGCUUAUGCUGCCCCGAGGGAUACGCUCAAAGAUCCCGAGUUGAUCUUCAGCAAUUGUCGGCAGUACAAUGACGCAACGACGGUAUACGCCAAGUAUGCGACCAAGCUGGAGAGGUAUAUGUGGGGUCUCAAGGUGCCGGAGUGGUUUGAUUCGCUUGAAGAGGAGUGA